GCAGAAGAGAUGGGGAAGAGAAUGGCUGUGUUGGUGCUGGUGGUGAUGUGUUAUGCAGUGGCAAUGGUGGGUGGUUAUGAAGUGGAAGGAGGGAGGAGAGAGAGAGGAGGAGGAGGAGGAGGGAGGAGAGAGAGAGGAAAAGAAGAGAUGUUUUUGUUGCCAGAGAUGAGGCAUGUGGUGAAGACUGAUGCAGGGGAGAUGAAGAUGGUGAAGGGUUUUGGAGGAAGAAGGGCUACUAUGGAAAGGCCUAUGCAUGUUGGUUUCAUUACCAUGGAACCCAAGUCUCUCUUCAUUCCUCAGUACCUUGAUUCCAACUUGAUCCUCUUCCUUCGCAAAGGGGAAGCAAAAAUUGGUUCAAUAUACAAAGAUGAAAUGGUGGAGAAGCGGUUGAAGAGCGGAGAUGUGUAUAGAAUCCCGGCCGGUUCUGCAUUCUAUUUGGUUAACACCGGCGAGGACCAAAGACUUCAUAUCGUUUGCAGCAUAGACAAACCUGAGACCUUCGGAUGGGGCCAUUUCCAGUCUUUCUUCAUCGGAGGAGGAACUUAUCCAACAUCUGUUCUUUCUGGGUUCGAUCACUUAACCUUGUCGACCGCAUUUAACGUCUCAACAUCAGAUCUGAAGGAGUUCAUGACAAGGCAGGACUCAGGCCCGAUUGUAUACUUAUCGGAUUCACACCACCCGGUACAAAACAUAUGGACAAAGUUCUUGCAGCUAGAACAGCAAGAGAGAGUGCAUCAUUUGAAGAGAAUAGUGAGAUUCCAAGAAGAGUCAACUAAAAAAGAGGAUGAUGAUGAUAAACCAACAACAUGGUCAUUGAGGAAGCUAUUGGGUUCUGUUUUUGGAAAUGAAAUCAAUGGAGAUGAUAACACAAGAAGCAAGUCGCCGCACUCUUACAACCUCUACAGCAAGCAUCCGGAUUUCAAGAACAAUUACGGUUCGAGCAUUGCUCUUGAUGAGUCUGAUUAUAAGCCUCUCCAUCACUCUGGCGUCGGCCUUUAUAUGGUUAAUCUCACCGCGGGAGCAAUGAUGGCACCACACAUAAAUCCAACAGCAACAGAGUAUGGAAUAGUGUUGAAAGGAACAGGUACAAUCCAAGUAGUGUUUCCAAACGGAACCCUAGCCAUGAAUGCCAUGGUGAAAGAAGGAGACGUGUUCUGGGUUCCGCAGUACUUCCCAUUCUGCCAAACAGCCUCUCCAGAAGGCUCUUUUGAGUUCUUCGGGUUCACAACCUCGUCGAGGAAGAACAAGCCGCAGUUCCUCGUGGGAUCAAACUCAGUUCUUCACAGCAUGAGGGGUCCCGAGUUUGCGGCUUCUUUCGGGGUGUCGGAGAAGAAGUUCAAGAAGAUGAUGAAUGCUCAGGGGGAGUCGGUUAUUUUGCCACCACCCGAGGCGCCAUCACCGAGUAGGGUGGAGGAGGAGGAGGUGAAGAUGAAGGAGGAGGAUGAAUGGAUGCCCAAGGUUAUGAGGAGCUUUGAAAAUGAAAUGAUUAUGGAUUUUGAUUGAGGAAAAAGGUGGUGAUGAAGGAGAGGAGAAGAGGUGGAAAGUGUUUUGAGAGCAGUUUCUAUCUUGCCCAGUGUUUUUGUUUUUUUGUUUUCUUUGGCUUUUUUUUUUUUUUUGGGAUUAAUUUUGCUACUGUUUUGUUUUGUUCUUUCAUUAUAGUUAAUUAUGAGGUCGAGUUGUGAAUAAA